AUGUUGUUCCAAGCCACUGCCAUCUUGACUCUUGCAAGUCUUGGCCUAGCCCAUUCUACUCACCAUAAAGCCGAUAAGACAGGAUGGGAGACAAAGUACACAGCCACAGGUACUGCUGAAGUCGCUGCCGCCGCUGCGACAGCCAAAACCAGCAGUCCUACUUCCAAAGUGAAGGGCAAAGCAUUUGAUCGCAUCGCAAUUGUUUACUUUGAGAAUGAGAACUAUGAGAAGGCCUUUGGUGAUCCAAACUUUUCUUGGUUCAGAUCCAAGGGCGUCACUCUCUCCAAUUACUUUGGUGUCACUCAUCCAUCAGAGCCAAACUACAUGGCCGCCAUCGCUGGUGAUUACUUUGGUAUGCAGAACGACGCUUUCAAUCGCAACCCCCAAAAUGUCUCUACCAUCAUCGAUCUCCUCGAGCAUCGGGGUGUUUCUUGGGGUCUUUACCAAGAAGACCAGCCAUAUACUGGCUUUGAAGGCUUCGCAUGGGUGAACCAUCAGAAUGGAAAGAAUGACUACGUUCGCAAGCACAACCCUGCUGUCCUUCAUGACAGCGUUGCUACUUCCGAACAACGACUUUCGCAAAUCAAGAAUCUUUCUCUUGUUGAUACUGAGAGUUCUAUGUUCCAUCGGGAUCUCAAGGAGAACAAGCUACCCCAGUGGAUGUUCAUCACACCCAACAUGACAUCUGAUGGACACGAUACAUCCGUUACUGUCGCCGGCAAUUGGGCACGAACCUUUCUUGAGCCACUUCUUAAGGAUAAGCACUUCAUGGACAACACUCUCGUUCUCAUCACUUGGGAUGAAAACGAAUCAUACGCUCGCCAGAACCACAUCCUUGGUAUUCUUCUCGGUGAUGCGGUUCCCAAACAUCUUGUUGGCACAACAGACAACAGCUUCUAUAACCACUAUUCUGAGAUUGCCACCGUUCAGGCCAACUGGGGUCUCGACACACUCGGUCGCUGGGAUGUGGGUGCCAAUGUCUUUGAGCUUGUUACGCGCAAGACGGGCGACAAGCUGAGGAAGUGGAAGGCAAACACAAUGGAUAAGUAUUUCUGGAAUGUUUCCUACGCAGGACCAUUCAACACUGCUGGUGGAAAUCAACAGUAUGUUGCGCCAAACUUGGACUUGGAGCAUACAUUCUCGGGACGCAAGGUGUUCAGUCCUAUCAAGAAGGAGUGGAAGGGAUCUAAGGCGCCCAGUUAUUACAAGGAUACUAUUGAGGUCGACGACGGUCUGAACCCUCCUAAGGGUUACGAGCCCGCCAAGUCCAAAUAA